GCGGGCGUAGUUGUCAAAAUUCUAUAUUUAGAAAAAUAAUUUCCUACGAAUACUUUUUAAAUUCUUGAAUUCGAAAAUCGAAUGUUAAUUUAUGUUUCAUUAUUUUGAAAUUUAGUUCUUUGUGUAGGCCAGGUUUUUAAGAAAAUAUAUCCUAACCUCACUUUCUGAUUGGAACUGUGUGAAGACGAUUCUUUUUGUGCCAAAACAAAAUGUCCCGUGUAUUAUUGUUUGUGUUUCUCGCCGUUUGUGGGGUUUGCAUGGGUAAUCCGGACGCUAAGAGACUGUACGAUGAUUUACUGAGUAAUUAUAAUAGACUGAUCCGACCUGUUGACAAAAACAAUAACACCGUGCUGGUCAAACUUGGCUUGAGACUUUCUCAACUGAUUGACUUGAAUCUAAAGGAUCAGAUUCUAACCACAAACGUAUGGCUGGAACAUGAAUGGGAAGACCACAAAUUCAAAUGGGACCCACUGGAGUACGGGGGUCAAAAGGAACUCUAUGUCCCUUCUGAACACAUCUGGCUUCCUGACAUUGUUCUUUAUAACAACGCGGAUGGAGAGUACGUAGUAACGACAAUGACAAAAGCCGUACUGCAUCAUACUGGCAAGGUGCUGUGGACUCCACCUGCCAUCUUCAAGUCUUCCUGUGAGAUCGACGUGCGCUACUUCCCGUUUGACCAGCAGACUUGCUUCUUGAAGUUCGGGUCUUGGAGCUAUGAUGGUGACCAGAUUGACUUGAAACACAUAAACCAGAAGAAAGACGACAUGGUCGAAGUGGGCAUUGACCUUCGAGAGUACUACCCAUCGGUGGAGUGGGACAUCCUUGGGGUACCAGCGGAGAGACACGAGAGGUACUACCCUUGCUGUCAAGAGCCUUAUCCAGACAUUUUCUUCAACAUAACGCUGAGAAGAAAGACGUUGUUCUACACAGUGAACCUUAUCGUCCCCUGCGUCGGAAUAUCAUAUCUCUCAGUCCUUGUGUUUUAUCUCCCAGCUGAUUCUGGGGAAAAGAUUGCUUUGAGCAUUUCAAUCUUGCUGUCACAGACCAUGUUCUUCUUACUCAUUUCUGAAAUCAUACCCUCGACGUCCUUAGCAUUACCCCUUUUGGGGAAAUACCUAUUAUUUACCAUGUUACUUGUGGGACUGUCUGUAGUUAUAACCAUCAUAAUAUUAAACGUGCACUAUCGAAAACCUAGUACGCAUAAGAUGGCGCCUUGGGUGAGGAAGUUUUUUAUAACGAAACUACCGAAAUUGUUGCUGAUGAGAGUUCCGAAGGAUUUGCUGAGGGACUUGGCGGCGCAGAAGAUCGCAGGAAGAAGCAUGAAGAACAAGAAUAAGUUUAAAGAUGCGUUGGCGGCCGCUGAGCAGACCAAUUCGAAUGCUUCGAGCCCUGAUUCUUUACGUCAUCAUUUGCCUGGAGGGUGUAACGGACUGCAUUCGACUACUGCUACUAAUCGAUUUAGCGGUCUGGUAGGAGCUUUGGGCAGCUUAGGAGCUGGCUACAACGGCCUCCCAUCAGUCAUGUCUGGGCUUGAUGACUCUCUCAGCGACGUGGCUCCUCGCAAGAAGUAUCCCUUCGAGCUGGAGAAGGCGAUCCAUAACGUCAUGUUCAUUCAACACCACAUGCAGAGACAGGAUGAGUUUAAUGCUGAGGAUCAAGAUUGGGGCUUCGUUGCAAUGGUGCUGGAUCGACUCUUCCUCUGGAUCUUCACCAUCGCUUCCAUCGUUGGCACUUUCGCCAUCCUCUGCGAAGCACCAUCACUUUAUGACGACACUAAACCUAUCGACAUGAUUUUGUCUUCGGUGGCUCAGCAACAGUUCCUGCCUGUAGACAGUGGGGAUUCCUAAAGUUUGAAAAAGCGACUGCCUGUCUCCAAUCCGCGAAGGAAAACCAGCCCUAUACAGGUAAAGGGGGUUAUAUGAGGAUAUAUUGAGA